AUGCGCAUCGCCAUUCGCGAACAGCUUGUGCUUCUUGUCACCUUAACCGUCCUCGUCGCUCUCGGUGUCGUUGCCCUCCCAACAUGGUUUUUCGUCCAUCGUUUCGUCAUCGAAGUUAGGAAAGAUGCCCUCUCCCUAACCGCCUCCCUCAAGGCCUCCAGAAUCACCUCCGAGCUUGAUCUCGUCCGCUCCAAUUGUCGCACGAUUGCUUCCCGUCUCCUCAUCCAGGCUGGUUUGAAGGAAUGGAGCAACGGCACCCGCACAGAUUGGUCCCAGGCCAGGGAAGAUCUUGCCAUUGCUCUUAGCGCCAGAUCGCAGACGAAUCUGUUGCAGGCCAAGAUUUACACUCGAGAUGGCUCCGGUGACGAGGGGGGCAUUGUAAACGUGACUGGCAUUAACAGCCCUAGCAUCGAGCUCCCCUUCGGGAAUCCCAGCGGCGGGCCUGUUUAUCUAGGUGACGAUAGUAUCUUCGGCUUCCCACCUCAGCUCUAUCCCAAUAUCACCUACGUGAACCUCAACACGACGAACCCGAGCAAUAACCUUACCGAAUUCGACGCCUUUGCCUUCGGGUCUGUGGACCUGACUCAACCCUCUGGCUUGCUUCUCGGGCCCCUAUCCGUCAACGAAUCCUUUGCCCUCAUGUCCCUCACUCUCCCCAUCCGAGAUAACAACCAACUCUCCUUUCCCAUCGGCUUUCUCACUAUAGUCGCCUCGGCUGUUACUCUUGUCAAUAUCGUUCAGUCGCGUGAAGGCCUAGGGACUACUGGCAUAGUUCUUUUAGUCGGCCCCGACGAGCCCGCGAACCGCUUCAACCAGACGGUGGCGCAGGCAGAUAUGCCGCAGGCAGACCCAGACGCCAUCGGCGACAAGAACCUUUUCAAGAAUGUCCUUGUCCACUAUCUUCUGCCCGCCUCCAGCUUACCUGAUCAAGAGGAUCGCCAUCCCACCAGGACCUAUGCGAAGCGCACCAGUGAAUCAAAUUUCCCUCUCAAGGACUACCCCGCCGCUUUGCGCUCAUGGACUGAACGCAUCGUCUCCGUCAACAAUGCCAGCGCCAUGCUCUCGACGACGAAUGAAGAACACGCGAGCGUUGCUGUCGGAUUCGCCCGCACCAACAGCACUCUUGCCAACUGGACGAUCCUGGUCGAGCAGACGAGGAAGGAGGCAUAUGGCCCUAUUAUGACUUUGCGCAAGAUUCUCUUAGGCUGUGUCUUCGGAACUGCUGGCGUCAUUUUCGCUCUCACUUAUCCCUGUGCGCAUAUCGGUGUCAUGCCGAUCCGGAGGCUCAAGGCUGCGACGGAGAAGACGGUAUCCCCCCCAGGAUACGAUGACGACUACUUUUCUCCUAGUUAUGGAGGCGGUAAUGGCGAGACACCUGGGUCCGGCCAGCACUCCCAGAGUUCCCAGGGCUCUAUUAAGGGCUGGUUCUGGAAGAUGCUGACCUGGAUGGGCUACAAGCCUACGCCGCCCUCAAAGAAAAAGCCCGAGGAUUCCCUCGAUUCUUCACGACGCGUUUUCAAGAUUCCCGGCAAGGUUGUGGACCGGAAGCACUUCAUUACUGACGAGCUGACGGAGCUGACAACCACCUUCAAUGACAUGAGCGAUGAGCUUUUGAAACAAUACACCCUGCUGGAUGAAAAAGUGGCGGCGCGGACACGGGAGCUCGAGGUUAGCAAGAAGGCAGCCGAGGCGGCGAACGAGAGUAAGACGCUCUUCAUUGCAAACAUUUCUCACGAGCUGAAGACUCCAUUAAACGGAAUCUUGGGCAUGUGUGCCGUUUGCAUGGAAGAAGAUGAUCUCGGCAAGAUUAAGCAGUCGCUGAGGACCCUCUAUAAGUCAGGCGACCUCUUAUUGCACCUGCUGGAAGAUCUUCUCAGCUUUUCCAAGAACCAAAUCGGCCAGCAAUUGAGUCUUGAACAGAGAGAGUUCAAACUCGCCGAUAUCCGCUCGCAGAUACUGAUCAUUUUCGACAAGCAAGUCCGCGAGGGCAACGUCAACUUUUCGGUCAACUUCCUCAGCACCGACAGUAUCGAUUUGGAAAACGCAGGCACGGAACCAAAAUUGCCCGCCAUCGGUCCCCAGGGAACGGGCAAGCUGAAGGACAUGUGUCUAUGGGGUGACCAGCACCGUAUCCUGCAGGUCUUGAUCAAUCUUGUUAGCAACAGUCUAAAGUUCACGCCGAAGGGAGGCAAGGUUCAGGUCCGAAUUAAGUGCCUGGGUGAUGUGGAAGAAAUCCCCUCAGGGCCGGGCGGCCAUGGAGCAAGCCGGUCGUCAUCCACGUCUAAGAACUCUGGUAGGGGCCGCAGCAGGAUAGGAUCUACGUCGACUCGUUCAGCGAGCUCGCGCGGACAGGGGCAGGGGCAGGGACAGGGCGGAUACGUAACCCCUGAGCAGAUGAAAGGCACUGCUCUCUCCAUCAACCCAAUGGAACCGAAGCAGUCCUCGCAGGUGUAUAUUCGAGGCCGGUCGCCCACGCCUCCCCCGGCCAACGCCAAGUCGUACCUGUUCGAAUUCGAGGUAGAAGACUCUGGUCCGGGCAUCCAGCCAGAGAUGCAACAGCGCGUGUUCGAGCCUUUUAUGCAAGGCGACCCUGGCCUCAGCAAAAAAUUUGGCGGUACCGGCCUCGGGCUGAGCAUCUGUCAACAGCUCGCGACAAUCAUGGGUGGCAACAUUACGCUAACGAGCACUAUCGGAGUUGGGUCUACUUUCACGAUGAGAAUCCCCUUAAAGUUUGUGAGGGAUAGGUCGUCGAGUACAGCGUCCAGCAGCAUCAAAUCCUGCUCUGCCAGUAUUGACGGGAUCGAAACGGAACCAGCGUGCAACUCGGUCGCCAAAACGAACGGGGAAGGCAAGUCAACGCCUGUGCUCGAUACGCAGCCAAGACUAGUUGGAUUACGACAGCCGUUCUUCACAUCCACGCCGACCCCGUCGCCUCCACCACCGCCUCAGACGACGGAAGCCAAGAUGGCGCGGGUUGAGACGGCGCUGGCGCGUAAGACAAAAUUCGGAGGGGGGAAGCUCAGGGUGCUCGUGGCGGACGACAACUCGACUAAUAUCGAAGUCGUGAGCAGGAUGCUGAAACUCGAGGAUAUCUACGACGUGACGAUUGCCAAGGACGGCCAAGAGGCAUUUGACAGGGUGAAAGAUGCGAUGGCGGACGAUCGGCCCUUUGAUGUUAUCUUCAUGGACGUGCAGAUGCCAAACCUGGAUGGGCUGCAGAGUACGAGAAAGAUUCGCCAGAUAGGCUACAAGUCACCGAUCGUGGCCCUCACGGCCUUCUCGGAGGAGAGCAAUGUCAGGGAAUGCAUUGAAUCCGGCAUGGACGAGUUCCUCAGCAAGCCCAUCCGGAGACCGGCACUCAAGCAGGUGCUGAAAAAGUUUUCUACCAUCCCCGAAGAGCCCGAGUCGGCAGCGACGACGCCUGGGGAGACGACGGCAGGGAGCUCUGUCAUGUUGGGCGGAUUGUCGUCACCGCCAGUUGUUAACGGUAACCUCGGCGGCGAGAAAGACGGGUUUGAAGUUGUCGAGGACACGACUACGGACAGCACGGAAACGCCGCCAAGUUCCAUUAGCCGAUGA